CACACCGUCUUACUGCAACUUCAAUGUCAAGCUUGCAGGGUUACGUCGAUAGGCGAGUCCUUCUGGUACUGCAAGACGGAAGAGCCAUCGUCGGUGUCCUGGCUGGUUACGACCAAAAGUCAAAUGUCGUCCUCAGCGAUUCAAAAGAGAGGAUCUAUAGUAUCGACGAAGGUGUAGAAGAAGUAGAACUAGGUCUCUACCUUGUCAAAGGCGAUAUGAUUGUCCUCAUCGGAGAGAUUGACGAAGCAAUCGAUCGAGCAGUAGACCUUGCUUCCAUACGCGCAGAGCCAAUCCUACCUAUUCGCUAUUAGCGCCAGGCUGUAAGAUACAAGGAAAACGACAAUAAAUCACCAUGGGGCACCCAUUCACAAAAUGUAUGUCUACAGUGUACAUAAGCACGGCCGUGGACAUACUGAUCCCAUACAUGUCCUAUUUUAUUUAUCAACAAAGGUCGAUAACUUUAUACAUAGCACCAUGUGCUUCCUGCAAAUUCACUCAUCCA